AUGGGAUUCAGGGCUCAUCCAGAACUACAGCUUCUUCUUUUUAUGGUGAUUCUAGUCAUCUAUAUGAUAACUGUGUUUGGAAAUCUUGGCAUGAUCCUAUUAAUUAAGGGUGACUCACAUCUCCAUACCCCAAUGUGCUUUUUCUUCGGUAAUUUAUCCCUUGUUGACUUCUGUUAUUCUUCUGUCAUUGCCCCUAAUAUGCUAAUGAAUUUUUGGGUGGAGAACCCAGUCAUUUCAUUUAGUGCAUGUGCCACACAGUUCUUCUUUUUUGGUUCCUUUGCUGGAAUUGAGGGCUUUCUGUUGGCUGUGAUGGCCUAUGACCGUUACGUUGUCAUCUGCAAGCCUCUUCUUUACACAGUCACCAUGUCCCUGCGUCUUAAUGUCCUUCUAGUAUUGGCCGCAUAUCUUGCAGGCUUUCUGAAGGCUGCCAUUCACACAGGCUUCACCUUUCAGCUGUCUUUUUGCCACUUGAAUGUCAUCAACCACUUUUUCUGUGACACUCCACCCCUCCUGAAACUCUCUUGUUCUGAUACACGUGUCAAUGAAGUUGUCAUUUUUGCUUUUGCCAGUUUAAAAAAUUUUUUUUUUUCAACCUGCCUCCUGAUUAUUCUCAGUUCUUAUCUGUACAUCCUCAUUGCCACCUUGAGGAUCCAUUCUGGUGCCUCCAUUCUGAGGCACAAGGCUUUCUCCACCUGCACUUCCCGCUUGAUGGUGAUCACCAUUUUCUCUGGCACUAUUCUGUUCACGUAUCUGUGCUCCAGCUCCUGCUACCCAAGGGACCAAGACAAAGUGGUAUCUGUGUUUUAUACAGUGAUCAUUCCCACGUUAAAUCCUCUCAUCUAG